AUGCCAACUUGGAGGACAUAUUUUACCAAUGUACCACCGACUGUGAAAACUUUAACUUUUCUUAUAGUUUUUAUCUCAGCACUUGGGGUUUUAAAAAGAUUUCAUAGAUGGAUCGAAAAUCCUUUCGCAAUAGAUGUUUUACCAGAUUUUGCUAUGGUUCCAGGUCACGCAAUACAAAAAUUUUGGACCUUUUUUACUGCUGGUUUCUUAGAGACUGAUCCUAUGUCGUUAAUAGGAAGUGUUAUUACUAUGGCUGCAUGUGGAAAAUAUUUAGAAAGAGCAUGGGGAUCGAAGGAUUUUUUGAAAUUUGUUGGAAUAAUUCUUAUUGGCGUUACUUUAGCAACCUUUUUAACAUACUUAUUGGAAUAUACUAUUACCGGCGACCAAUAUUAUUUGUAUGAAGUGCAGGCGAAUGGGAUGAUUGGUGUUAUAUGCGGAUUUCUAGUUGCUCUAAAACAACUUGUACCCGAGCAUUUGGUCCGAAUUCCAUUAUCAGUUCGCGUCAAG